UGUGCGGAAGGAAGGAAGUGCGACUAAAGAAGGCUGUAACAGUUCCUCCAGUUUAACACGUGACUUAUAAUCAAGCCCGAAAACAUAAAUUUGUGUUACCCUAUUGAAAGUUCAUUCUUUCAUGUGCAGCAGAAAACCGAGGAGUGCGACAAACGGGGGCGCAUUGAGAGAAAGUUUCGAGGACACGGAGCCUACAGAAUCUGUCUCUGGGAGGCCCGAGGUGACAGUCAUGUCAGGAGAGUGUCCCGGUGGCAGUGCGGGACGGCCCUUCACCAACCGGAACGGCCACAAACCGUGGUCCGUGGUCGCGCUGUCCGUACUGUGCUCCGCCGGGGCUGUGGCCGCGGUCGGCUGCUUCAGCGCGCUCAUCUACCCGAUACUGAAAGAGCUGCGGGUAGAGAGGGUGAAAGGAGAGGAUGGAACUGAAGAGAGGAUGUUGGGUUUCUGGAGUAUCCUGGUGCUGUCAGUAUUAGUAGGAUGUAUCUGCUGUGUCUUCUCAUGGACUCUCACCUACCUUGACUCGUAUCAGCCUGGUAUGGCGUUCCCAACACUGGCCAAUUUCAGAGAUGUAUCUGACCAUGAUUUCUACAUGAGUUAUGGUGUUGCGGUCCUUAAUGGCAUCAUGGGCAUGCUCACCGUCAUCUGGAGCCUCACCUGACAGACGCACAGGCAUGAGACAACUGGGCCUAGAACCACACAAAGGCCUCUGAGAUGUUCUCCACAAUUCAGUUAAAAUAAAAGUCAAGAUAUUUAUGUUUGUAGGACUACUAGACACACGUUUGAGUUGAUUUUACCAACAUUUCCUGAGAAAGGGGCUGUGCGUGUCUACAAUUCAAACAUCUGUUUCUGCACUACACUCUGACUGUUUUGUAUCCAAACUGUUACACUGUCUACACAGGAUGCAUUUCAGCCAUGUUUUUAAGUAACGUCUUAUGCAAGUCAAGUCUGUUAGCAACAAAAAAAAAAUGUCAUGGUCCUGUGAUUGGACAGAAAUGGUCCAUGCACAGCAUUUACAUGUUUUGUUCUGUGAUGAGGGACAACUAUCUACAGACAUGCCUGGUUAAAGCCUUAAUACUUUACUUUAACUGUGGUGGAUAUGUUUAUGUUGAAAAACUAAAUUAAUACAGAAAUAAAUAAUGGAAGCUUAGGAUGAUGUACAUUUUCACCUCAAGGUGCAAAAUGUCCUCCCAGAAGCACAUGAGACUGAAUCUACUGCUGUGUAUGUCGAGCUGUUAAUGAUAAUGAAUUUGCUGUGUACUGCAUGUUGGGAGAUCUCUGUCAUUAAAAGGUAACACAGGGAAAUAUUUUUGUUUUUUUAUGUGGAAAUAAAGUGUCAUUAACUGUAACAAUAAAGCAGUGAAAGAGCGAUAAGAGCUUC